AUGUCUUCUAUUCACUUGACGACUACACCGACAUCCAGUAGCUCGAAAAGCAGUCCGAAGGGGACCAAGUCCAAGCACUCCGAACACACGCCAACGACCUCUCAGUCCCAUUCCAGUAUAUCAGCUCAUCAAAGCUCCAUGUCAUCAAAGACAUCUGCUUCAUUCAACCAGCCACAGUCUUCAACAGGCCAAAUGUUCACGUCAACUUCGAAAAAGACUUCCAGUCAAACAAGGGUGGCUAGCAGCAAAAUUCGGACGAAUUCUAUGAAACCCAUAACCAAGGUUUCAAAAUUCACCCACCCUCUGACGCAGACCAAGAUUACAACGAAACCCGCUCCCUUGAGCCGCACAAGCAUAGGGGCUACGCGAUCCUCUGAUGCUGAGGCUUCCCAACAGCCUCAGUCUUCCAAAAUGUCAAAGAGACCAAAAACAUCUUCAAGUCGAUCAUCCCGCUCAACACAAAAAGGCAGCUCUGCAAUGCAAACGAAGUCCACGAUUAUUGUAGCUCCAACUCCUAAUCAGUCAAAACACACGCCAGAGGUUACACACCAUUCGAAUCAACGGUCAAUGACAUCUGCGGAUCGCACCACUACUUUGAGUUCAAAAAUUAUUUUCGGUUCUACUGAAAGGAAAAAGUCCAUCUCGACUUCGACUGAAAAGGCUACCAGUUCGAGUUCAACUGGAACCAGUACCACUCAGGGUCGCCCCAAGCAGACAACUAGUCCAAUCUCUACAAAGCAUGAGCAUGAGGCGAGUUCACUCAGUUCCAAACAUCAAACCAGUAAAGUCACUUCAAGAGGCUCGAAGAAAUUGUCCUCUACAGGAAGCCGAGUUAGUUCGGCAUCUACCAGGCAUCAAAAUAGCAUGACAACGGCCACCCAAGGUCAAUCAGCUAGCGUUGCACACCCUACCACGGCAACAAGGAUGAAGACAUCAAGUCACCCAAUACAGACGAUAAUUACUGGUUCCAAGGGAACUGUAGUAACUUAUGAAGCGACGCGGGAUCCCAAAUACACGACCAAUACGAAAACAACAACUUCAACAGACGAUCAUGGUGAUCGUGUUAUCAUAUACCCUGGAGCGGUAAAUCCAGAUCCUGAAUCUGGAGACCAUGAUCACGAUCAUGAUCAUGACCACGAGCAUGACCAUGACCACGAGCAUGACCAUGACCACGAUAAAAACAGCAAAUCGACGACCAAAAGUGCAAAGUGUACCACAACAAGACCGCCUGGAUGCACCAAGACUGUCUCGUUCAUAUCUACUGGGACAGGAUACACAAGUACAAUUCUCGGAACGUGUUCACCUGUCAGCGGCUGCGUCUCGGGAGAACAAAGCACCACCACCACAACGAUAGCAACUUUUGUACCAUCCAUUUGGAUCAAUGAGCCAUACAAGCCCGAGGUUGCUACAACUCACGAGGAGGUGGAUGAUGAGACAAUCCAAUACUUCAACAAUCUUUUCAAGAAAGAAGGUAUCUCACUUGAAGUUGACCGGCAACUUGUGGCUCAUUGUGGCGGCAACACGCCCGGUAUCCCCCUUUUCUGCUUGAACACAUUCAGCACCGAUUUCUGUCAAGUCGUACAGGCGGAUCCGAGUAAAAAAACCUCCAAAACUUUCGCAGGUCUUGAUGGCACGCUAGGGCCAAUUGGACCGCUCAAUAUGAUAGGAGUCGGUAUGCAGAAGAGGAGGCCAUUGGUUAGCAGAGGUCUCUGCAACGACUGGAGUUUUCAGUUCGAUUGGAGCGGUGCUCAUUCCAAGUGUGCAAAGUCUUGUCUCGACUACUUAAGUAUCAUAAGAACCCAGUGUCUUCAAUUCAAGACCAAUAACGAGGGUUCACUUGAUGCUGGCUGUGGCACCUACAGCCUCGCGAUCAGAUCUGUUCCCACCACCUCCGCCACCUCCACUACAGAAUCGCCUCCUGAGCCUACUGAGAUUCCGAAAGUGCCUCUAGAGCUGAGACACGCCGUGUGUGCAGCCGAGUCUUGGUUCCCAGGACAUGCUGACGUUCAUAAGAGAGACCUGGAGGGACAAGCCGGAGCAUUCUGUAUGACCUACUUUUUGGAUGGGGGGCCAGCCUCUUGGCCAAACUUUCAAAACCUAAAGCCAGUCUAUAUGAACUCUUCUAGUGAGAGUGUCCAAGCCACCAUGGGGGGUUUCUACUUCUCUGUUUCCUGGAUACCUGGUUGCGAGACAACGGUAGACAGUCAGAGUGCUCUGCUUCCUGCGGGUGAUAAUAGCUUGGGCUGUCAAGAUAUUCUUCUGAAAACAUACACAGAUUGCAACAAUGGUGGUGUGGGCGGAUACAUUGGUGCUGGUUGCCUUCGGUACCAGUUCAAUCCGGCAAGGUAA